AUGAAUGGCACAGCGAAAAACAGGAAGUAUCUCCCAAUACAUGAGAUUUGCAACAUUCUCCCUAAUGUUCGAAAGAAGAACAUCUUGGCGUUCCACGCAGUUACGGGUUGCGACUCGACGUCUCACCUUGCAACGAUAACGAAGAAAGCAGCGUGGAAAGUCUUCAAUGGAACGACCUGCCAACUUUCAGACAACCUAGGGCACUCUCCGCUAACUCCCUCAUCAAAGGCGAAUGCAGAAAAGUUUCUCGUUCAGCUCUAUAAGGUGACUAAAGAUGUAUCUAGCAGGGAUGAAGCCAGAUAUCAACUUUUUGGUGUUGUGAAAAAGCCAGAAGCCUUACCUCCAACAAGCGAUGCGCUGCGGCUACACCUCCUAAGAUGCCAUUACCAGGUGAACGUGUGGGAAAAUGUUCAUCAUGUCCGACCGGAGGUGAUGGAUAAUGAGUCAUAUGGGUGGAGGCUUCAUCAAGACGAGUACAAUCCCAUCCUUAUGACACUUGAGCCCGUUCCCAAAGCUUGCACGGAUAUAUUAACCUGUAAUUGUUUGUCCCAUCACUGCCUGACAACAAUGUGCACGUGCAAGAAGAAUGGACUGACUUGCACCAAGUUGUGCCACCGCUCUCACCAAUGUCUUAACUCUUCAAAUGGUUGA